AUUUUAUUUAAGAAAAUAAAAAUUAAAAAAAAAAAGAGAGAAGAAUUCUUCCCUUUGUUCAUUUUUCAUUUUGUUGGUUUUACUCUCUCAAAGCAAACAAACCCUCGUCUCCAUUCCAUUACCUGCAAAAUUCCCAUUUCCCAAGCAAAACCCUAAUAGCAAUCCAAACAUUAACCAACAGGGACAGACAGAUAAUAGCCCAGAAGACUUGUUGAUGGAAAUUGUUGAAUCCUUAAGUUGAAUCGGAUAAGUGAGAAACAGAGAUCUGAGUCUAAACAAUCCAUGCACUAAUGGGUGCUGCAGGCUCCAAACUUGAGAAAGCUCUAGGAGACCAGUUCCCUGAAGGCGAGCGAUACUUUGGCCUCGAGAAUUUCGGCAACACUUGCUACUGUAACAGUGUCUUGCAGGCACUUUACUUUUGUGUACCAUUUCGAGAACAAUUAUUAGAAUAUUAUGCUAAUAAUAAAAAUACUGGGGAUGCUGAAGAAAAUCUAUUGACAUGCUUGGCGGACUUAUUUACACAGAUAAGUUCACAGAAGAAGAAAACAGGUGUAAUUGCCCCAAAGCGUUUCGUACAGAGAUUGAAAAAACAAAAUGAGCUUUUCCGUAGCUAUAUGCACCAGGAUGCUCAUGAAUUUUUAAAUUUUUUGCUAAAUGAACUUGUUGACAUACUGGAGAAGGAGGCUCAAGCUGUAAAAAGUGAUCCAGAAACUUCAUCCCCACCUGAAAAGACUGCAAAUGGGCCAAAGAAUGCUCAGGCAAAUGGUGUUUCAAAGGAGCCUUUGGUCACUUGGGUGCACAAAAAUUUUCAGGGAAUUCUUACCAACGAGACAAGAUGCCUGCAGUGUGAGACUGUUACAGCAAGAGAUGAAAUAUUUUUCGACUUGAGCCUUGAUAUUGAACAGAAUAGUUCAAUAACUAGCUGUUUGAAAAAUUUUAGUUCCACAGAGACUUUGAAUGCGGAGGAUAAGUUUUUCUGUGACAAGUGCUGCAGCUUGCAAGAAGCCCAGAAGAGGAUGAAGAUAAAGAAACCUCCUCACAUCUUGGUGAUCCAUCUGAAGAGGUUCAAAUACAUUGAGCAGUUGGGUCGGUACAAGAAGCUAUCUUAUCGAGUUGUCUUCCCACUUGAGCUUAAGCUGAGUAACACCAUGGAAGAUGCAGAUAUUGAAUACUCAUUAUUUGCAGUAGUUGUUCAUGUUGGAAGUGGACCCAAUCAUGGACAUUAUGUCAGCCUUGUCAAAAGCCACAAUCACUGGCUAUUUUUUGAUGAUGAAAAUGUGGAGAUUAUUGAUGAGUCUGUUGUACAGACAUUUUUUGGGUCAGCACAGGAAUAUUCAAGUAAUACGGAUCAUGGGUACAUCUUGUUUUAUGAGAGCCUUGGUGCUAGUAGCAAGAGUUGAGAAGAGGAUACUUUGGUUUUACAAGUAGGUACUUGAAACGUUUGGACUGAUCUUGUCUUUUCCUCAUUUUCUGUUAUUAUUGGUUUUCUUUUCCCUUUAGUCCAACCACUGGGAACUGGGAAGAGCUCUCAAAUUUAGACAUUUGAGAUGACGAUGAUAUGGGUUGUUGAAAAAUGUAUACUUGGGUUGUUUCCAUGUACAGUGGAUGGUGGAAGCACACUGUCCUUUUGUUUUUUCAGAAUAAGAAGAAAGAAAGAUUAGUGUAUAUGGUGUGAGAGAAAUUCACAGACGCUUGUAUUCUUCAUGGUUGAGAAUGUUUAAUCAAAACAUUAGAAAUGCAAUCCAAUUGGAAUUUUCUCGCA